GCGAGCCGCUGCCGUCAGCGGGUGUCCCCGCCCCCGGACCCGCCCCGCCGCCGCUCCCCGGCCGGACUCGGACUCCGCCAUGGACUCGGGCCGCAGGGAGAUGGUGCUCGGGGUGACGGCUCUCGGAGCCGGGCUGGUGGUGGGAGUGUGGCUGGGGAAGAAGUUAUUUUCUCAUCGUUACUCAAGGUCAAAUAAGAGCCACGGAGGUGCCAAAGGGGAUCCUUUAAUGGAAUACCUGCUGCAGAAUUCCCUGCGGGAACACCCAGUGCUGAAGAAGCUGAGGAAGCGGACUCUGAAGGAACCAGGGAACCUAAUGAUGGUGGCUUGUGAGGAAGCACAACUGUUGGCAAACCUGGCAAAGCUCAUCAAAGCCAAGAAGGUUAUUGAAAUAGGAGUCUACACUGGAUACAACACCCUGAACAUGGCGCUGGCAGUACCAGCUGAUGGCAGGGUCGUUGCCUGUGACAUCAACAUGGACUUUGCCAACAUCGGGAAACCAUUUUGGAAAGAGGCUGGAGUGGAACAUAAAAUUGACCUACGCAUUAAAUCGGCUUCGGAAACACUUGAUGAGCUUCUCCAGGCUGGUGAGGCAGAGACCUACGACUUUGCCUUCAUAGACGCCGACAAGUUGAAUUACGGCCUGUAUUACGAGAAAUGUCUGCAACUUAUCCGCAAAGGAGGAAUAAUCGCAAUCGAUAACGUUCUGUGGGGGGGAAAUGUACUGAGCCCAGGAAAUGACGCCGACACACUGAGCAUCACUAAACUCAAUGAGAGGAUCUACAGGGAUAGUCGAGUGAACAUCACCAUGCUCAGCAUUGCCGAUGGAGUCACCUUGGUCUUCAAGCUGUAGGGCUGCCCAACAGCACCUCCCACCAGGCCAAGAUACUUCAGAUGGUACAGAAUCCCAGGAACAGGCCAUUCAGCCCAUCACAUCUGAAACCUUUCUCUGCUUUUAACUUCCAUGCUACACUGUAAACUCUGCUGCAGUGAUUUGCCCACACGUUCCUGCUCUCAGUGCCAGACCGUAAGCACGGCCGUCUCCCUCAAUCAGAACCAAACAAGCAAAGGUCUUGCAAGAUGGAGCAAGUUCUUGAAAUUGACUGGAGACACAAGACGGCAGAUGCUGGAAUCUGGAGCAACACACAACCUGCUGGAGGUUCUCGGCAGGUCCUCCCACAGAUGCUGCUCGACCAGCAGAUCAUUUGUUGCUCCAUAUUCCAGUAUCUGCAGUCUCUGUGUCUCCUAGUUUUAACCUUGAGCCAGUGCCCCGCCCGGUCAGCCUGCAUUCUGUUCAUGGUGACCAUGGGUGUGUGUGCACUCACUGGUCCGGACACAGGGUGGUUUGAGAUUUGUGUACCCUGUUCUGUUCAGUCCCAGUAGAAAAAACACCAUGGAGGAAAGUAAGGGACUUGCUGAGGAUUCCAUUAAUGUGCAUGAUUUUAACACACACCCCGAGGUCCCAGCGCACAGUGUGCCCCAGCAGUGCACAGUUCAGAGCACGGCGCAGCAGUGUGUAAUACCUGAACAAUAUCCACACAACUCGGGCCACAGGUACCUGGCAUAAUACCCACCAAGUUUGCUGCACAAAGAUCUGGCUCUCAGACCCUGCUUCACGUGGGUCCUGUUUCUCUCCCCCCCCCCCCGCGGUGUCUCUCCCUCAAGCCCCCCCCCACCCCCACCAGCACAACCUGCCCCAAGCCCCCCCCCCAACCUUCCUGUAUCACUGGACAAACGGAACAGAUAACUGAUAGCUGGUGCUGUAUCCUUGUCUUAAAAUGGUUGAAGCACUCAGUGGGUCGGUGGGGGGCUUUGAUGGCGAGAGAAACGGGUUGUUCCUGGUCAAAGACCUUCUGUUUGUUGCCCGCCAGGUGACUGCCUGUAAGGAGGGUCUGAUCCCCUCCUCUCUCCCACCUUGGACCAGCAAUUGGCACAAGAGAGCUAUUGCAAAGUCACUCGUUAUUAGUGGUGUGAGUGAUCGAUCCCCUCGAGCAGGGACAAUGAUUCCUUCCCUCUCACAAUAAAGAGCAGAGAUAUUCCAGGCAUUGAAGCCUUUCACUUGUUCCAGUAAAGACCCAGAGGCCUUGAAAACCAAAAUCAUGAGGAAGCUGGAAAUCUGAAAUAAAACAAACUGCCGGUGACACUCAGCAGGUCAGGCAGCGUCUGUGGAGAGAGAAAUGAGGUUAAUGUUUCAGGUUGGUGACCUUUCUGACGAAACAUUAACUCUUUCCCAUCCACAGCUGCUGCCUUGUCCUGCUGAGGAUUUGGAGCAUUUCAUCUCAAUGAAGUUGAAAUCACUGAUGCCUUUAAUUCUCAAGGAAUUCACUCAAUAGUUUUGCAACCAUUAAAUUCACAAUAAACUGAAAAAUAUUGUGUCUAAGGUCUGAAUCAAAGUUUACCAAUGUACAACUACAAGCAGAUGUUGCUCCAGAGCGUAGCAAUGAUGCAUGCCAUGAUAAACUUCUUCAUACAUGUACUGCAGAUGUAUCCCUCAGGGAACAACACGGGAAGUGAAGUAACAAGUCUCCCCAGAAUACAAACUCAUUCCCUUGAGUUACUCUCUUGUUACUGAAAAGUUAAGCUUCAGAGAAACCUUGGUGCCAACCCCAUUAAACCAUCUGCCUUUGGUGUAUCAGUGUCUUGCUGAGUAAAGGUGUGAUCAGA